GCUACAGCCAUGAUCGCUAACGUCGACCCAGCGGCCAAGGAGUACAAGAGCAAGGUCAGCCGUCUGGAACACUACAUGGCUUUCAUGAAGCUCCCACCAGAGCUGCAGCUUCAUAUCAGCAACUACUACCAGGCUCGCUAUGGAGGGAAGUGGUUUGAUGAGAAGUACGUCAUGGACACGGUGUCCUCAGCACUCAAAGAGCAAAUCCUGGCCGUGAUGUGCGGCCAUCUGCUGCGGAACGUGCCGAUGUUUCAGAACAGAGAUGAAAACUUCAUCUGUGCUGUCCUCCCCAAACUGGAGUACGAGCUUUUCCAAGAGGGAGACGUCAUCAUCCAACAGAAUGUCCCAGGUGACCGCAUGUUCUUCAUUGACCACGGCCAGGUCCUCAUGGAGACUGAUUUCUACAAGAGGGAACUCUGUGAUGGAGACUUUUUUGGAGAGACAUGUGUGCUGACCAAAGGCAAACAUCUGGCCACAGUGAAGGCAUUGACCAACUGCCAGUGCUUCUCUUUGUCCUGUGAUGACUUUCAGGAGCUGCUGAAGGGCUUCCCGGACACCAAGAAGGACAUAGAAAAAAUGUUUCCACUCAGUUAUGAUGAUGAACUUGUGUAAAGAGCAAAAGCAGCAUUUGGACUUUUUUCACUGAAAGGACAGAAGCUACUGUAUGAAUAUUU